AUGGAUUUAAAAUCAAGUUAUUCGAAUACUGCAUUGAAUCCAAUAUAUGCAGGUAGUGGUGCUGUCGCUACAGUUUCUUCUGAUGGUUCAAUAUUGGCUACACCUGUACUUGAUGAGAUUAACAUUAUUCAGUUAGUCCCUGAGAGAAAAACUCUGUUCACUAUUGAGAAUGAUGAUGAGCAAGAUAUUACAGCUUUAAAACUUACUGCCGAUGGAAGAUAUCUAUGUUUCGCCUCACAGGCACAACUUUUGAAGAUAUUUGAUCUUAGAGAAGGUAAAAUAGUUAGAUCGAUGAAAAUUUCCUCACCCUCCUAUGUGGUUGAUUCUGAUUCUACCUCGACACUUUUAGCUAUUGGUGGUACUGAUGGUAGCAUUACUGUCGUAGACGUCGAAAAUGGGUAUGUAACCCAUUCUUUGAAAGGACAUGGUGGUACAAUUUCCAGUGUUAAAUUCUAUGGUGAACAAAAUGGUGAGGUUUGGUUACUGGCGUCCGGUGAUACUAAUGGUAUGGUGAAGAUAUGGGAUUUAGUCAAGAGGAAAUGUAUUCACACCGUUCAGGAGCAUACAGCGGCUGUCAGAGGUAUAGAUUUCCACGAAUCCAAGAACAAUGACGAAUCCGAAUUAUUUUUAAUUUCAGGUGGUAGAGAUGAUGUUAUUAAUUAUUGGCAAUUUAACCUUAAGAAAAAAUGUACAUUGUUAAAAACUUUACCAGUAAGCCAACAGGUGGAAUCAUGUGGAUUUGCAAACUCUGAACUCAUAUACACUGCAGGUAGUGAUGCUUUCUUACAACUGAUAUCCCUAGAGAGUGGUAAAGCUGUAAAAAGAACUCAUAAACCUGUGGAAGAACUCUUUACUGUGGGUGUUUUAUCCAUCUUGGGUGGUUCCAAAUUGUACAUGGUCAUAUCUGAUCAAACAUUGGCAUUAAUAAAUUUAGAAGAAGCAUUGGAGAGUGAAAGUGCUUUAAUAGAAGUUGAAUCCUACAUUGCCGGUAACCAUGGUACAAUUGCAGAUAUGAAUUUUGUGGGACCUGAACUUGACAAGCUGGCCUUGGCAACCAAUUCUCCAACCUUGAGAAUUAUUCCAGUGUCUAUGGAGGGUGGUUUACCUAUUGACGUGGAAUUGUACGAAGGUCAUAAAGAUUUGCUAAAUGCUGUCGACGCUACGGAGGAUGGUCUUUGGUUGGCAACCGCUUCCAAGGAUAGUACUGCCAUUUUAUGGUGGUAUCAAUCAAAUUCCAAUAAAUUCGUACCGUAUGCAAAAUUUGAAGGUCAUUCAUCAGCAGUGACUGCAGUUGGCCUACCAAACAUCAUGCAUAAAGGUUGGCCAGAAUUUAUCUUAACUGCAUCCAACGAUCUAACUGUAAAGAAGUGGGCAGUACCUAAACCAGUUGCUUCUAAUGAGAGUUUCGAAUUGCAAGUCGUCAAAGUAUCAGAAUACACACGUAGAGCCCAUGAAAAGGAUAUAAAUGCAUUAUCAGUGGCACCUAAUGAUUCUACAUUUGCUACUGCAUCCUAUGACAAGACUUGUAAAGUGUGGGAUUUAGAGUCUGGUGAGGUAAAGGCAACCUUGGCAAACCAUAGAAGAGGUCUUUGGGAUGUUGCAUUUUGUCAAUACGAAAGAUUAAUUGCAACAUGCUCUGGUGAUAAGACCAUAAAAAUAUGGUCCCUAGACACUUUUGCCGUGGUAAAGACUUUUGAAGGUCAUACCAAUGCAGUACAAAGGUGCUCAUUCAUCAACAAACAGACUCAGUUAGUCAGUAGUAGUGCAGAUGGUCUUGUGAAAAUAUGGGAUUGUAGCACCGGUGAAUGUGUGAAGACUUUGGAUGGUCAUACUAAUAGGAUAUGGGCGCUAUGUGUUGCCGAAGAUGGUGACCUGAUUGUAAGUGCCGAUGCAGACGGUGUGUUCCAAUUCUGGAAAGAUAGUACUGAACAAGAAAGACAACAACAUAACGAGCAACAACAUUUGAAAGUGGAACAAGAACAAUCUUUACAGAAUUAUCUAUCACAAGGUGAUUGGACCAAUGCCUUCUUACUUGCCAUCACUUUGGAUCACCCCUUGAGAUUGUUCAGAGUUUUGAAGCAAUCCUUAGGAAGUAUGGAUGAUGACGAGAGGAAAGAUUCUAAAGUAAUCUUUAAUAGAGAAUUGGACCAGACAAUUUCUAAUUUAAGCAAUGAGAAAUUGUUGCUGUUGAUGAAGAGAUGUAGAGAUUGGAAUACUAAUUCUAGGACCCACAGUAUUGCACAAAGAACAGUUAGAUGCAUAUUGUUACAGCAUAAUAUCGCAGAACUAAGUGAAAUACCUGGAAUGGUACAAAUCGUUGAUGCUAUUUUACCUUACAGUAAGAGACAUUAUGCUCGUGUGGAAAGUCUUGUCGAACAAAGUUACAUUUUGGAUUAUGCAUUGGUAGAGAUGGACAAGUUUUUUUAG